AGGGACUCCACAAGACCGACAAGGGUCACUAGAAGAUCUGAAGAAAUCCACUCCCACAGACAGUCACCAUCCAUCACUGGAGCUGAAGACUUAACUAAAGACAUAGUUGUGCUCCUUGGUGUCCUGACACCCAUGAGAAGAAAGACCCAUCAGCUGUAAUCUUCAGAAGGAUUUAAUAACUAAACCUCUUUAACCGCCGCUAAAAUGAAGGCAUUCAGCAUUGCAGUUGCAGUGACACUCGUGCUCGCCUUUAUUUGCAUUCUGGAGAGCUCUGCCCUCCCAUUCAGCGGGGUGCAGGAGCCGGAAGAGGCAGGGAGCAAUGACACUCCAGUUGCAGCGCAUCAAGAAAUGUCAAUGGAAUCGUGGAUGUUUCCAGGUCGCGUCAGAGAGAAGCGUCAGAGCCACCUCUCCCUGUGCCACUGGUGCUGCCGGCCCAAUAAGGGCUGCAGUGUCUGCUGCAGGUUCUAACCAUUCCCACAGCUGCUGGAAAUAUUAAUUUAUUAUGCUUCAUCCCAUCAAAUGUCCCAUCCUUGACCUCUUUUUUGAAUGCAUAGCCUGUACAACACUGAAUUUUAUGAUUCAUAGAAGAGCACUGGAAGAAUAUAGAGCUUUUCUUUGUAUUUAUUUUGUACAUUUUUUAAUACUUUCACCCAGUGAGUCUUUUUGUAAGCAUUUGUUUGUAAAAAUAAUUUCUAUGUGAAUGUUUCUUUCUAUUUUGAUUAAAGUCUACUAUGUAAUUCUGCCAAAUAAAUAUGAACAUUUUAAUCCAA